CUGGAGGGCAUCACUGAGAGUCUCAGAGAAAUCUUUAAGAAAGAUUUUAGGAUUGAGUUCAUUCUGUUGGUGGGGGGCUAUGCUGCCAGCCAGAUACUGCGCCAGCACAUUACCAGGGAGUUUGGGGGUAUAUGCAAAGUCCUUUGUCCUUCUAGGGCUCAGGAGGCAAUCGUAAACGGGGCGGUAAGGUUUGGGAAGAACCCAGAGUUGGUGACAUCUCGGAAAAGCGCCUAUUCUUACGGGCUUGAGAUUUCGGACUAUUUUGAUGAGUCCAAGCACAAAGCCGGGAAGAAGUAUGUAGCUGGUGGGCGGGAGUUUUGUGCUGACAUUUUCCUGAAACUGGUGUCGGUCGGGGAGGAUGUGGGUUGUAAUGAAACCAGACAGCAUUUCUUAUACCCAGUCGAGCCAGAUCAGACGAUGAUGACCCUCACGUUUUACCGCACUGAGCGUCCGAAUGUGAAAUACAUAGACGACUGGGGAAUAGAAGAAGUAGCAUCAUUCGAUGUGGACAUGUCGAACACCACAGGAGGCAGAAACCGAAGGGUCAAACUGGAGAUCAAGUUCGGCUCGACAGAGAUAACGGCCACAGGUACCGACUCUGUGACCAAAGAAGCCAAAACCAUCAAGAUCGACUUCCUGACCGAACCGUGA